CAGGGAUUUAUCAUACCAUAUGCGGCCUGCAGUCUUGCCAAAAUGUGUGGACUUGAUCCGAGCUGCUUCAACCUUGCGGCGACACGACGUCGGGCAGAGACAGUCCGAGUGACAUUGACAGAUCGUUCCAGGUGCCUGAUUCUAUUUCUAUCUUCGCACGUUGUUUUCGAUCCCUGUGAGUGGCGAGUGAAGGUCGUCGCUUUCGAAUGAAGCAGACACUUACCCCAGCAACAUCCCAAGACAUGGAGGUCCGCACUAUCGCCUCAACAACUUUGCAACCCGGCGACACUAUAGCAGUGUCCCGACAUCGAACCUGGUGACCUGUUCAUGCAGAAGAGGCAUCUUUCCUGACUCCCUAGUGGAUGCAAUUGACGUACAUUUGCAAGCAUGUAUGCUCUGAAUACCGGCGCAGAAUGUCUCAUGAUUACGACUCCAGAUGCCUUGGUGGUCAAGAAUUUCAAGGCCAUCUGUUCAGUCGUCCUGUUCUCUCGUCUCACAUUCUUCCCGCUCCUCACUGCGAGUGCCUCUCAGAAUGUCUCAUCGUAGUCAAUACCACCCUCUACUUUCUGACGACCCUGCGAAUGUCGAAGAGAAGCAGCGCCAGACACCCCUGAUGCAGUCUUCUAUUUCUUCGCCGCGCCGCCUGUUACUCAUUUUCGGCUUCACUUUACAAGGCAUUCUUGUUGUCACGCUAUGUUUUGCUCUAUGGGUGAAGAACAAGCCGGACUGCCCAUUCAAUCCCGUUUAUCCUCAAGUUCUUUACUCUCCUGCACAAGAAGCUCUGAAGUAUCAACCGAAGACGUUCGAUAUGGGCUUCGGUCGAAGCAAGACAAUUUACCAAGGAGAGCCAUCUGAAGAAGUCGAUAGUGCCUGGCUCGACUUGUAUAAUGUGUUUGGCUUGUCGAAGAUUCCCAAAUGGCAGGCGCGACUCUUGCCCAACAAGACUCUGCCUAUUCCGGGUGACGAGCAGAACUAUGCGGUGGGCCUAGCGGUAUUCCAUCAGCUUCAUUGUCUGAAUAUGAUUCGGCAAGGACUAUACCCAGAGUACUACAGAGACCCAGUCACCGGCUCUAUCGCUGGAUUCCCCGCCGAAGAAUGGCCUGAUCAUGUUAGCCACUGCUUAGACAACAUUCGUCAGAGUAUCAUGUGUGCUUCCGAUAUCAGUUUGAUUGUCUGGCAAUGGUUCGAAGAAGACAACCGUGCAUCUAUCAUGAUGAAUACUGUUCACUCGUGCCGCAACUUCGACAAUAUUGUUGAUUGGGCUAAGGCCCAUCGACGGGGACACAAAUUUGACUUAAACGUGCACGUACAGGAUGAUAUCGAGAUUCCUGUGUUUUAGACAGUCUAUUAUGCGACAGAACAGUGAAUGGUUCCAGCAAACUCGUUGUAAUUUGAGGAAUGGUCGGAUUCUUGAGUCUUAUGGCGUUAGUGAACACCUGAAGUUCGAAUCUCGAAACGGGCUAGUUCUUCUUAUGCCGCCCUUUGAUGUUCACGGUGUCCAACGGUCCACCACACACUCGUCACCGAAGUCGGCAUGCAUCGAUC